GCUUCCUACUCCUGUUUCAGAGACACCACUGGAUACAGAGCAGCGAGCACUAAAGGCUUCCCUCUUUCCUUAAACCUGUCGGGUUGUGGGCUCUCUCUUUCCCCCUCUCGCUCUUUUCCUUUCUUUUUUUCCUUUUUUUUUUUUUUAAACCUCCCAAGGCAAGUUCAUGGAUACUAAGCUGAUAUGUUUGUUGUUCUUUUUCUCCCUGCCUCCACUCCUAGUGAGUAACCACACUGGCCGUAUCAAGGUGGUCUUUACUCCGAGCAUCUGUAAAGUGACCUGCACCAAGGGCAGCUGUCAGAACAGCUGUGAGAAGGGGAACACCACCACUCUCAUUAGUGAGAAUGGUCAUGCUGCCGACACCCUGACGGCCACGAACUUCCGAGUGGUAAUUUGCCAUCUUCCGUGUAUGAACGGCGGCCAGUGCAGUUCAAGGGACAAAUGCCAGUGCCCUCCAAAUUUCACAGGGAAGCUUUGUCAGAUCCCGGUCCAUGGUGCCAGUGUGCCUAAACUUUAUCAGCAUUCCCAGCAGUCAGGCAAGGCCUUGGGAACGCAUGUAGUCCACUCGACACAUACCUUGCCUCUGACCAUGACUAGCCAGCAAGGAGUCAAAGUGAACUUUCCUCCCAACAUAGUCAAUAUCCACGUGAAGCAUCCUCCUGAGGCUUCAGUCCAGAUACAUCAGGUUUCAAGAAUUGAUGGCCCAACAGGCCAGAAGGUAAAAGAAGCUCAACCAAGCCAAACCCAAGUCUCAUACCAAGGGCUUCCUGUCCAGAAGACCCAGACAGUACAUUCCACAUACUCCCAUCAGCAAGUCAUUCCUCAUGUCUAUCCUGUGGCUGCUAAGACGCAGCUUGGCCGUUGCUUCCAGGAAACCAUUGGGUCACAGUGUGGCAAAGCGCUCCCUGGCCUUUCAAAGCAGGAGGACUGCUGUGGAACCGUGGGUACCUCCUGGGGCUUUAACAAAUGCCUGAAGUGCCCCAAGAAGCCGUCUUAUCAUGGCUAUAACCAAAUGAUGGAAUGUCUACAAGGUUAUAAGCGGGUUAACAACACCUUUUGUCAAGAUAUUAAUGAAUGCCAGCUACAGGGUGUGUGCCCUAAUGGUGAGUGUUUGAAUACCAUGGGCAGCUAUAGAUGUACCUGCAAAAUGGGAUUUGGGCCAGAUCCUACCUUUUCAAGUUGUGUUCCGGAUACCCCUGUGGUCUCUGAAGAGAAAGGGCCCUGUUACCGACUUGUCAGUUCCGGAAGGCAGUGUAUGCACCCUCUGUCUGUUCACCUCACCAAGCAGCUCUGCUGUUGUAGUGUGGGCAAGGCCUGGGGCCCACACUGUGAGAAAUGUCCCCUUCCAGGCACAGCCAAGGAAGAGCCAGUGGAGGCCCUGACCAUCUCCCGGGAACACGGGCCAGGAGUGGCGGAGCCAGAAGUGGCAACUGUACCCCCUGAGAAGGAAAUACCUUCACUGGAUCUAGAGAAAACCAGACUUGAGCCUAGUCAGCCCCAGCUCUCUCCAGGCAUUUCCACUAUUCAUCUGCAUCCACAGUUUCCAGUAGUGAUUGAAAAAACAUCACCUCCUGUGCCUGUGGAAGUAGCUCCUGAAGCUUCUACAUCAAGUGCCAGCCAAGUGAUUGCACCUACUCAAGUAACAGAAAUAAAUGAAUGUACUGUGAACCCUGAUAUCUGUGGAGCAGGACACUGCAUUAACCUGCCUGUGAGGUAUACCUGUAUAUGCUACGAAGGCUACAAGUUCAGUGAGCAACAGAGGAAAUGUGUUGAUAUUGAUGAAUGCACUCAGGCCCAAAACCUCUGCUCCCAGGGACGCUGUGAAAACACCGAGGGAAGUUUCUUGUGUAUUUGCCCGGCAGGAUUUAUGGCCAGUGAGGAGGGUACUAACUGCAUAGAUGUUGACGAGUGCCUGAGGCCAGAUGUAUGCGGGGAAGGGCACUGUGUCAAUACCGUGGGGGCCUUCCGGUGCGAAUACUGCGAUAGCGGCUACCGCAUGACCCCGGGAGGCCAAUGCGAGGAUAUUGAUGAAUGUUUGACUCCAAGUACCUGUCCAGAUGAGCAAUGCGUAAAUUCUCCUGGAUCUUACCAGUGUGUUCCCUGCACAGAGGGGUUCCGAGGCUGGAAUGGGCAGUGUCUUGAUGUGGAUGAAUGCCUGGAACCAAAGGUCUGCACAAAUGGUACUUGCUCCAACCUUGAAGGCUCCUACAUGUGUUCGUGCCACAAGGGCUAUGCCCCGACUCCAGACCACAAGCACUGUAAAGAUAUUGAUGAAUGUCAGCAAGGGAAUCUGUGCAUAAACGGGCAGUGCAAAAACACCGAGGGCUCCUUCAGGUGCACCUGUGGGCAGGGGUACCAGCUGUCAACAGCGAAAGACCAGUGUGAAGAUAUCGAUGAAUGCCAGCACCAGCAUCUCUGCUCUAAUGGGCAGUGCAGGAACACUGAGGGCUCCUUCCGCUGUGUUUGUGACCAGGGUUACAGAGCAUCCGCCCUUGGGGACCAUUGUGAAGAUAUCAACGAAUGCUUGGAGGACAAUAGUGUUUGCCAGGGAGGCGACUGCAUUAAUACUGAAGGGUCCUAUGAUUGUACUUGUCCAGAUGGAUUCCAGCUAAAUGACAACAAAGGAUGUCAAGAUAUUAAUGAAUGUGAACAGCCGGGACUCUGUGGUCCUCAUGGAGAGUGUCUCAACACAGACGGUUCUUUUCACUGUGUCUGUGAGCAGGGUUUCUCAAUCUCUGCAGAUGGCCGUACAUGUGAAGAUAUUGAUGAAUGUGUAAACAACACUAUUUGUGACAGUCACGGGUUUUGUGACAAUACGGCUGGCUCCUUCCGCUGCCUCUGUUAUCAGGGCUUUCAGGCCCCACAGGAUGGGCAAGGGUGUGUGGAUGUGAACGAAUGUGAACUGCUCAGUGGUGUGUGUGGUGAAGCCUUCUGUGAAAACGUAGAAGGGUCCUUCCUGUGUGUGUGCGCUGAUGAAAACCAGGAGUACAGCCCCAUGACUGGGCAGUGCCGCUCUCGGGCCUCCACAGACUUAGAUGUAGAUCAACCCAGAGAAGAAAAGAAAGAAUGCUACUAUAAUCUAAACGACGCCAGUCUCUGUGAUAAUGUGCUGGCCCCCAAUGUCACCAAACAAGAAUGCUGCUGUACCUCUGGUGCUGGGUGGGGAGAUAACUGCGAGAUCUUCCCCUGCCCGGUCUUGGGAACUGCUGAAUUCACUGAAAUGUGCCCUAGAGGGAAAGGUUUUGUGCCUGCUGGAGAAUCCUCUUAUGACACUGAUGGCGAGAACUAUAAAGAUGCAGAUGAAUGCCAACUCUUUGGACAAGAAAUCUGCAAAAAUGGCUUUUGUUUGAACACUCAGCCCGGUUAUGAAUGCUACUGUAAGCAAGGGACGUACUAUGAUCCCGUCAAAUUGCAGUGCUUUGAUAUGGAUGAAUGUCAAGACCCCAACAGUUGUAUUGAUGGCCAGUGUGUUAAUACAGAAGGGUCUUAUAACUGCUUCUGUACUCAUCCAAUGGUCCUGGAUGCUUCAGAAAAGAAAUGUAUACGACCAACUGAAUCACAUGAACAAAUUGAAGAAACUGAUGUCUACCAAGAUCUGUGCUGGGAACAUCUGAGUGAUGAGUAUGUGUGUAGCCGGCCCCUUGUUGGCAAGCAGACGACUUACACUGAGUGCUGCUGUUUGUAUGGAGAGGCCUGGGGUAUGCAGUGUGCUCUCUGCCCUAUGAAAGAUUCAGAUGACUAUGCCCAGCUGUGUAACAUCCCCGUCUCGGGACGCCGGCAGCCAUAUGGACGGGAUGCUUUGGUCGACUUCAGUGAGCAGUAUGCUCCAGAAGCUGAUCCCUACUUCAUUCAGGACCGGUUUUUAAAUAGCUUUGAGGAGCUGCAGGCUGAAGAAUGCGGCAUCCUCAACGGAUGUGAAAAUGGCCGCUGUGUGAGGGUGCAGGAAGGUUACACCUGCGAUUGCUUUGAUGGGUACCACUUGGAUAUGGCCAAGAUGACCUGUGUCGAUGUCAACGAAUGUGACGAGUUGAACAACCGGAUGUCUCUCUGCAAGAACGCCAAGUGUAUCAACACUGAAGGUUCCUACAAGUGUUUGUGUCUGCCAGGCUAUGUCCCUUCUGACAAGCCCAACUACUGCACUCCGUUGAAUACCGCCUUGAAUUUAGAAAAAGACAGUGACCUGGAGUAAAAGAGAAUCUACAUAAUCGAAGCCCAUAUACCCUGCACUGUGUAAAGGAAAAGAGAGAAAUGUAUUAUACUUGAGAUAUUGCACCUAAACCUGGAAUGUUGGCAGUAUGGAAACAUCAUGGCAUUGCAUGUCCUCAGAAGAGAAUGAGAGGAUUCAGUGUGAGCCUGACUGGUGUGACAGACCAAAUGGACAUUUCUCUGAAAAACCAGUAUAUAUAGUCUGUUCAUAUGUAAAAUUCAGUGGAAAAGAGGCGGAACAGUGCUAUUAUUUUAAACAGAAGGUUGUAUUAUUAUGUCGUUUUGUUUUUUACUAUUGCUUGAUUAAUUUUGGCAUUUAAAUAGUGGUGGAAAUAUUUUAUAUAAUUUUCAUUUUUUUGUUGUGCAGUUCCUUGGCUACUGUUUUUCUUCAGAUUUUUUUUUUUUUUAAAUCUCAAGUGCAAAAGUCUUUGAUGAAAUAUUGUUAAACUGUAUUAUAAGUGUUGUUACACAGGGUUAUGCUAUUCCUGGUCUGGAGCAUUUUUAAAAUCCAAAUUGUCUGUCCUGUGGAGCAGGCAGUGAUUUUUGUUUCAAAACUUUUAUACACAUUUGGAGAAAAGUACUUUAUAUUUACGGUGUAUUGUCUGAUUUUAAUGUCCAUUCUUAGCCAAGCUGCUAUUAGGUGUCAAUUGGAUCCCUUUCCUACAUUAAAAUGGAAGAACUAAUGAGCUUACAUUAGUAUUGUAAUGUGUAAAGUAAACCCAGCAAAAUUUUUUGAAAACUUGAUGAUCCCAAUAUAUUUACCAUUGUAUGUUAAAGCAAAAUAAAUCACCAUUUUUUU